CGUUAGCAUCAUGCGAUUCUCCAACCUGCCUCGCUUUAUGCGACGCAACAGUGACGCCAUUUCAUCUCGCACCGGCUUUUGCAAGCAUCGUGAAAAGAUCCUGAAAUUUGAAUUUACGUUUCUAAAAUGGUAAAAAUCUUUGUUGGAAACCUCUCGCCGAACACUACGGCUGAGGAGAUCCGUUCCCUCUUCUCUCAGUAUGGCAAGAUCUCAGAGUGUGACAUUGUGAAGAACUUUGGCUUUGUGCACAUGGAUAGCAAAUCGGAGGCAGAUGAAGCCAUUCAAAAUCUUCACCAUUACAUGCUGAAUGGUUUGGCCAUGAAUGUGGAGAUGAGCAAAGGGAAACCCAAGACCUCUACAAAACUCCAUGUGGGGAACAUCAGCAGUAGCUGCACCAACCAAGAACUCAGGGCCAAGUUUGAGGAGUACGGACCUGUGGUUGAGUGUGAUAUUGUGAAGGACUAUGCUUUUGUUCACAUGGAGCGAGUGGAAGAUGCUAUGGAAGCCAUCAGUGGCUUGGACAACACAGCCUUUCAAGGCAAACUGAUGAGCGUGAAGCUUUCGACUAGCCGCCUGCGUACUGCGCCGGGAAUGGGAGAAAGAACGGGUUGUUAUCGGUGCGGGCAGGAAGGCCACUGGUCCAAAGAAUGUCCAUUGGACCAGAACGGCUCCUACAGAGAGGGCCCGAGCUCAGAAGAAUAUGGGCCCGUCAGGUUCGGUUCGGGCGGCGAACGUGGUGGCCGGGGUUUUCAUCGCGGCUUCAGUGGCGAGCCGGCCUAUGCUGGCAGCUUUGCCCCUUCACAUGGCUUUACCCGUGGAGCAGGGUAUGCAGUCCCUGGGUAUGGAAGGGGUGCGGGUUUUGAGAGUGCAAUGGGUUACGGUAUGCCAGCGGGCUACGGUGUUGGCGCGGAUAAUAGCAUGGCCCCAGUUUACGGAAGCGAGGCUGCGUAUGGGACUAGUGGCAUGGCCUACCCCGGUGCGUUGCCUGCGUACCCGAUACGACGACCACCUUAUGAGGAAAGAGAUCCGUAUGGGGUAGUGGACUUCUACGAGAAAUAUCGGGCACGUCCGUACGGAGGCAGUUAUUUCGAAGAUAGACGCGCGGUUCCACCUCCUGUCCCUCCUCCCCCCACUUCUACAGCAGUUGUGAGAGAGCGCCUGCCCUCCUCUAACCUUGUCGACCCAUAUGAGCGCCAUCCCCUUCCCCCUCCUCCGGCUCCCACCUCUUCAUACUAUGUCCGUGAACGGAGCCCGGUUCGACGAGCUCCACAUGAGGCGGAGGGAUACGCGUAUGAGCGGUCGCGCCUCUCUCCCAUCUCUGCGCUUCCCAGGACUGCUGCGUAUGACGUACCGCGGGAUCCAUACGCUGAACGGGCGCGCUAUGCUUACUAGCCUAAUUCACUCAGGUGGCUCUUGGUUGCUCACGGAUCAUUUUAGAAGUUGUGAUGCUUCCUGUCUCGACUGGGUCACAGGCAGUAGAGAUGGCCCACAUCUC